GAUCAAAGUCUUUAUUUUUACAAUUUCUAAGGAUUUUAAAGGUAAUUGUUGUUUGUGUUUGUAUUGGUAUAACAUCUUGGGAAGGAUAUACUGCAACUGAACUGUUCAUCAAAGAACCAAAAAUAUUCCAGGAGACCAUCAAACCAACAAUAGAUGUAGCACCUGAUUUGCGCUUGUCUGUUUGUAAAAAGCUAAGAGUUGGUGACUGUUCAAUAGUUACUGCUUGAGAAAUUGCACACCUGGGAAAUUGCACACUUGGGAAAUUGCAACUUAUGAAGUUGCCCUUGGGAAAAAGCCUUUGAGUAAGUACCUAACACCUAUAGUUAUAUCUACAUAUAGUUUUCAGUUCAUUAGUUCCAUUUUGUCAUCCAUAAUUAUUAUGGCUGUAUUUGAUUUUUAUUUCCAUGCUGAUUUUGGGGAUCCAUUCUAUGGUUUUGAGUCUGAAUGUCAAUGGUAUUCCUCAGGAAAAGUAAUUCCUCCCUACUCCCCAGAUGGAGAUUCAUUUUUAGAAAUGAUGGAUAAUGCUUAUAUCCUAUACAGAAUAACUGAAUUCAUUUACAAGAUUGAUAUUCUAAAUGAUGAAGGAAGUUGGGAGCCCGUUUUUAAUAAAACCAGUGGGAAUUCUUUCAGGAUGAAAAUGUUCCCAUAUAUUGAUGAUAACAUUCUUCUUUGUCACACAUGGAACAGAAGUAUCUCAAAGUUGUCAAAAUUUCGACUCUUUCCACAGGAUGUCAAAGAUCUAUAUGUCUUCAUCCACAAUGAGGGAGAGUUUCUUCAGAGUUUUCUCAGAAAUGAUGUAGAAGAUAUACAUAAGUUAAAGCAUUAUGACAUGCAAGUUCAGAUAUCAGUAAUUAAAAUGAUUUCAUCUCCAUCCUUCAUGUGCAGUACAAGGAGUUAUAAUUAUGAUACCUGUGUACUAAAUACUAACCUAAAGCAUCUUGAACAUAAGUGUUUGCCAAUCUUCAUGGAAAUUAAUGAAAGCAAAGAUAGUACCAAACUGCCAAGAUGCAAAACUUUUAACGAAAGUCAAGAUGCAUUUAAUAUUUUUCAAUCAGUCUCUACUGCAUGCAAUGUGCCUUGUACACAGGUUAAGGUAGGAAUAGUUACCACUCCUGUUAGCUUUCUUUAUAAUAUACUGGAAGGACGGGGUUUAAAUGCCGAAAAUGCUGCUUACUAUGUUACAAUUCCUCAAGAAGUAUGUCUGUCUGAGUUUGAGGAGAGUUAUUCCUUCAUUUCUUUUAUUGGAAAUAUUGGUGGUUGGAUGGGACUGCUAAUAGGGUUUUCAAUCACAAGCUUCUUUGAUUUGCUAAUGAAGACUUUGAAAAUUCAAGAGAAAGCUAAAACUUUUUUAUCAAGAGGAUUGCUAAUGUUAGGGUGCUCAAUGAUAGCUGUUAUAUUUGUUUCUUCCUGUCUAAAAUUGGGAGAAAAGAAAACUGGUUCUGACAUCAAGAUUGUAUCAGACUACAAGAACAUGAGUAUUUCACUGUGUUCCCUGGAAAGUGUUUAUUCCUCAAGAAAUGAAUAUGUUGGGGAAGAUAGAAAUUUCUGGAAUAAUAACACAAAACUGUAUCAAAAGAUUAGUAAACUAGAAGUUUGGUUUAAAAAUGGAGAAAAAAACAUUCUCUUUGAUGCUAGUAAGGAUUUAUCAUCAGAUUUCAUGGACAACUCCAUAAAUAUUCUGACUGGAGGAAAAUACCUUGAAACAUGUCACACACUUGAGUUGAAUUUUAACAAUAGAAUUGACCAAAUAAAAAUUAUUGCUAAAAAAGAAUUAAUCUGCUAUGUGCACAUUUCUGGUCAGAUGCUGCAUCAAAAUUCCCGACAAGGAUUUAGUAUCAUAGAUCUAUCAACUACUUAUUUGAACACAGAUAAUGUUAAUAUUUAUUCUUCUUCCACUUCAUUCAAAAUGAAUAUUCUAAACCAAACUGAAGUUAUCCAAAGCUCUUACACUGAUGGAUUAACAUAUGAUAAAUGUGUUCUGUCAUGGAUAAGCCAACAAGCAAAUGUGAAGUCAAGCUUUUUAAAUCCAACUGAAACAACUAACUUCACCUCUGGCCUUAAGAAUGAUGUAUUAAAAAGGAUAAAACAUAUCUUUGCUUCAACUGAAUUUUCAAAUACAUGUGAAUAUCCAACAAAUCAGCUGAAUAUCAAAUAUAGUAAAGAGAAAUUGAUAGAUAAAUGGCAUUAUCAAAAGAAAACCAUGGAUCACAAGAAUAUUUCACAAGAUUUUUAUCUAAAAUUUCCAGACUUUGCAGUCCUGAAUAAGGUUUAUUUCUCAUAUGAUAUUGUGGCCUUAAUAUCUGAAGUUGGUGGUUGGGUUGGAAUUCUUCUAGGCUACAGAGAAAUGUCUAACAAACUGAUUCCUAUGGAGGUGGAGGAGGCUGCAUGCGGAGGUGGAGGAGACUUCCAGGGGAUGCUCGAUAGGCUGGACAGCCCCAGUGAGGCACAGGGUGAGGGUGUUGGGGACUGUGCUGGGGGGGAUUUAGUUGUGAGGGAGUCCGGUGUCAUGGGCAGGGAGGGGGGGCCGAAGGCGGCAAUGCUGAGCCAUUACACAUGUCCAAGGAUUCGAUCCUUUCCUGUCCUGAGCAACGGUCUGAUGACUUUGGUUCUGAAGGGUUUAAUGCAAUUUUGCCAAGGGAUGAAAGGGGUUGCGUUACUGAGGAAGUUGUCAAGAGCCGGUAAUGGACAGACCUAAACCAACCCUGGGCCCCUCCAUCCCAUGCGGCACUAGGUUCUCCCAAUGUGUUGAGGCUCACAGAGAGUCCUGUGGGGGUUCGAGGACCUGAAGCCCUCAGGUGCCGCGAAACGCUCGCAGCCGCCCAUGUCAUAUCAGAGACAAGCAAAACGCUAAUUUUUUUUCUGAAUGUCCACAACACAAAAUCGAAACCCUGCACAGUCUCCCCCCCCCUCACAUGGGUACCCCCGCCUUUCCAGCAAAACCCUGGUUAGUCUUUCAGUUUUCGUCUCUUCGUCUACACCUCAUCCAUCUUCCAACUCCUUUUCCUAAAUCCCCUAACUCAUCCUACUCCUAUCCUAGUUUCCAAUUUUAUUCCUAAAAUAAAAAUACUUUUUUAACUCCUAAAAAUAAAAAUAUUUCCUAUUUUUGCUGACUUAUGUUACUAUCUGUCAGUAUUGUUUACCUUUUUAACUCCUAAACAUAAAAAUAUUUCCUAUUUUUGCUGACUUAUGUUACUAUCUGUCAGUAUUGUUUACUUUUU